UUGAAUAAUUUUAUUUUUAUAGUUUUUUUAGUGAAAAAUGAGUGGUUUAAGUUGUUGCACUUUUUUGUUAAUGUUGCUGUGCUAUUACUCUUUAAGCAAUUGCAAGGCAAUAACCAAUGAACAUCAAGCUACGAAAAAGGUGGAUUUACCGAAUCACAUCGAAAACGCACCAUUCACACCCGAACAGCAAAUUAGGCACACAGCAGUAAAAACUGAGGCGAGGCAGAAGCGAUCUCAACGCGAUUUGGUUGAAUAUAAAGACUUGAAUGACAUUCUUGAAGACCUUGAGGAUAAUAGCAUUGCCCAAGCCGCUGCAGCAACAACACCAACACAGGACUUCGAUUUGGAUAAUAUGCCACCAGUUACCUAUUACUUACUUUUGCAAAAGUUGAAGCAGUUACAAAGCAAUGAGCCCACAUAUCGCGUGCGUACUCCACGCCUUGGCCGCAGCAUUGACUUUCAGUUAAUGGACGGUGGCGCUAAUGGCAAUCCUGAGGAUGAAGUUGGCAUGUCACGACAAUUUGUAUCGCGCGUCAUUAAGAAAUCGGUGCCAUUUAAACCUCGUCUGGGAAAACGUACACAAAUGUGCGACUUUUAAUAAAUUUUUUAAACCACAAUUUUAUUUAAUUUCAUUUUUUUCAUUUCUAUUCUUAAUUAUAUAUAUUGUUGUUAUUGUUGCUAGCGUUCAUUGUCAAAGGAUACAAAAUUAUGCAAGGUUGAGGUGAAAAAAAUUAAAAAAAAAUAUAUAUAAAAAUACACUUAUACUACAAAUAAAAGUAAUUGAAAUAUAUGUAAUUGCCAACAAUGUGGAUAAUUUUAAUUGAGGCUUUGCUUAGGAAAAAAUUUUCAAUGUUAAUGAAAUAAUAACAAAAUAAAAA